AUGAAGGAUUUGGCGCCACUCCGCUACUUCUUGGGAAUUGAAGUAGCCUACUCCUCCAAAGGUUACUUGCUCUCCCAAUCGAAGUAUGUUGCAAAUAUUCUUGACCACGCUCGUCUCACUGAUAAUCGUACUGUUGAUACUCCUCUUGAGGCUAAUGCCCGCUACACUCCCACUGAUGAUAUUCCCCUACCUUAUCCCACCUUGUAUCGUACUAUUGUUGGUAGUUUGGUCUAUUUAACUAUUACUCGCCUAGAUAUUGCUUAUGCUGUCGACAUCAGUCUUUUCUUCCUUUCGACCUCGUCGUUGAAGCUUUGUGCCUACUCUGAUGCGGAUUGGGCUAUUGAUCCUACUGAUCGAAAGUCCACUACCGGCUUUUACAUAUUUUUAGGUGACUCCCUUAUUUCUUGGAAAAGCAAGAAUCAAGUAGUUGUUUUGCACUCUUCCACUGAGGCUGAAUACCGUGCGAUGGUGUCUACCACGACUAAGAUUGUGUGA